AUGAUGAAUGAUGUUCUCAGACCUUUCACUAAUUCUUUUGUGGUGGUCUACCUAGAUGACAUACUCAUCUUUAGUAAAACAUGGGAUGAGCACUUACAACAUGUUGAGCAAGUACUUUCAACGUUGCAGCAGCACAAACUCUAUGCUAAUAGAGAAAAUUGUUCUUUUGGAUUGGAGAGCAUUCAAUAUUUGGGUUAUGUUGUGGACGGCAAGGGUAUUCAUGUCGAUCCUACAAAAAUUCAAGUUAUCAAGGAUUGGCCUUCUCCUAAGAAUAUCAUAGAGCUACGUAGCUUCUUAGGAUUGGCUAAUUUCUAUCGCAGAUUUGUGCUUGGGUUCUCUCAAUUGACAUGGCCUAUGAAUCAAGUACUUAGAGGUGGGUCUAAGACAAAAUUUGUUUGGACAGAGGCACAAGAGCGAUCUUUCGAGGGAUUGAAGAGUAGGUUGUGUUCGGCACCAAUUCUGGCACUUCCAGAUUUGCAACAGCCCUUUGAAAUCGAGACAGAUGCAUUUGAUUAUGCUCUAGGGGUAGUCUUGAUGCAGCAUAGUCAUCUGGUGACCUAUCAUAGUGAGACAUUUUCUGAUACAGUUCAUCAUUAUCCGACAUAUGAUAAGGAGAUGUAUGUGAUUGUGUAG